UCCCAGGAUUCUCCUAGUUUAUGAUCAAUUUGCGAGGCGAAAUUUGGCAACAUUGAAAUGAAGUUACGUUCUUUCUUGAGGGAGACAACAUACUGUCUGCUUGCUUAUAAUAUAGAACGUUAGUCUAUUAAUUCUAUGCUUAUAACGUCGCAUGCCGGAACCUUUCAUCCAAAUAUCAAAGCUUUACAUCGCUGAAAAAACCCGAACACCUCAAGCAUCGAGUACCAACAACCCGUUGCCAGGCAACGGGUAGACGCCUCUCGGACCUCUCUCGCCGACUUCACGUGUGCGCACGGGCGCCGCAGGGCUGCCACCCUCCGAACCACGCGCAAAAUCAAUAACUCAAAGUCCACCAUGCAUCUUGCGUCACAGAGGCUCAUUUCUACCAUACCUUGCCCCUCUAUUUAGAAUAUUAUUUAAGCUGAUUGAAUCCAGCUUUUUCCUCCAACACGAAAACAAAAAUACGAACAAGAGGAAAGAUUUUGAUUACUCUUCAAGUUCAAACCCAGAAAAUGAGCGGGAUAAUUUUGCGUUCGGAUGUUGGCAGCGGUACUGAUAAGAUUUGAACAGCACAGUGAAGGAAUCCUCGGAUGCCAGCAAAUUGGGAAAAUAAAUAUAUACCUUCUUCCUGAUACUCCACCCGAGAUGAGUGCAGUCGCUGAUGAUAACGCAGAGGAGAAAUCCGAGCAAUGGACAGAAAAUAACUUGGGCAAUGGCAGCCUCAUGAUCACAUUUAAGACAGAAAAGGAAUCUGAAGAUGAAGCUGAUGAUGAGGAUGCUUACGAAGAAGAACCAUUGGACCCAACUGAUUAUUUGGAAACCAAUCACACCACUGAGGAAUCCAGCAAGAAUGAUCAAGAAUAUCUUCCAUACGAUGACUCCGCACUGGAGGUGAAAAUAAAGGAAGAGCCACUUGAAUAUCCCGAGUCUGUUUUGCCCGAUAUUCCUACCGGAGAGGAAGUAACCCAAACUAAAAUCAAAGAGGAGCCCGACUCAGAUGUUGAAUGCAACGGAGAGUUCAUAUCGUGCGAUGCAACAGAAAGUGAACAGAAUUACGAGCUACCACCCAUUAUUCCAGAUUCCAUUAUCCACAGAUGCGACAAUUGUCGAGGCGAGUUUGACUCGGAACAAGACUUAGAAACACACCUCCAGGAAUGCUCCAAAGAGGUAGCCAUGAAAAACGCUAUCAAAGCUCGGCUGAAACUGAAACUAGGACUGAAUGUUGCCGCCCCGUUGGGGCUCUUACAUUUGAUGCCGGAGAAAGAAGUCGAGGAAGAGAAAAAUCCUGCCGUCCAUGGAAACUGCAAACCGCUGCCCGGGAAGAAGUAUGGCUGUAAUCUGUGCGGAGCGACAUUCAUGAACCGCUCUAACGUCCGCGUUCACAAGGUGUUGAAACAUUCCAGCGAUCGCAAGUUCGAGUGCAAUAUCUGCAACGCUAAAUUCAAAAUCAAGUUCAUCCUUCAAAAACACAUCAACACGAAACAUUCCGAGAUUAGGAACUUCUGCUGCACCCAGUGUGAGGCCAAGUUCAAGACGAAACACGAGCUGAUCAGUCAUACCAGGUUCAAACACACCGACGAAAGGAACUGGGAGUGUAGGAUCUGCGGGUCCAAGUUUAAAACAAAGGCACACCUGCAGGCUCACGAAAGCAAUAGGCAUACUAAAGUCCGCAAUUUCAAAUGUGAUAUGUGCUCUGCGACUUUCAAAUCGAAAGCUGCUCUCAACAGGCACUUGAAAUACAACUCGAGUAAGCUGCAUUCCAAUGUUACGGUGUUUGAAUGUACUUUGUGUAACAUGCGAUUCAAGGCAGAGCUCCCGAUGAAACUGCACAUGGCAAUGAGCCAUUCGACAGAGCAAGAACAGGAGUCAUCCUGAAAUUGAAAUUUAGCUCAAAGCUUUAUUAAGACCAUUUGAAAAAUGUUGAACAAAAUGAAAGCUACUUGCAUUUCUAAUUAAGCUUUAUGUACAGGUAUGCCCAUAAGCUCGUAUCGAAAAAUAGAUAUCCCUCUUUCCCUUUCUCAAGUUUUUAAGACAGUCCAUAGUGGACUGUUAGUCUAAUUUUUAAAUGCGUAUUAAAAAUCCAUGAAAAAUUCAGAGAAGAACUACUGCAAAAAUUACUCUUGGCUGGUAAAUCUGGCACAUUAAUCUAUUUAAAUUUUUUUCUCUCUUUUUAAAAUUACGAAAUAGCAGUGUUGUUGUUAUUGUUGUACCUUGUUUGUUUUUUCUUUUUUUUCAAGUUUUUGGAGUAGGAAAGGAAGUAUCAUCCCAGAAAAUUUUAACCAUUCUUGACUAAUGCCUUUCAAAAUUAAAUGUUGUCUCAAGGCAAUUUUCUGUCCUUUGAAGAUUAUUUCCGUGAGGCAAAAAAUGGCAAGAUAUUCUUUCUUGAAGGUCAAGAAUUCCGACAUUUUAGAGAUGUACAGAUAAAUCUUUCUUUGUCUUUCCUGGCAAUGAAAUAUUUUUGAACUUCCAAAGGUACUUAAUUGCGGAAGCUCCGCCAUGAAAAGUUUUAAUAACUUCAAAUCCAGGGCGCAAGAAGGUCAAAUCCAAAAGUUAAGGAUACAUGAUAAUAAUUGAUUUGGCUGAAGAGAUGUCUAGUUGGUAUGAUAGAUUAAAAAAAAAAAAAAAAUCCCCCCUUUCUCAGCUGAAGUCAAAUUAUUACACACACAUACACUCCAGAAUUUUCUGAGCCUUUUUGGGUUUAAAAUUUACUUUGGAUGAACUUCGAAGUCAAAUAAUAUUCCUCUCAUUCCAUUGUUACCUGUCUCUUUCACUUGUAGUUCAAUGAUCUUCAUUUGUAUUUUUUCUUUAGACUGGAAACGUUUUUGAUGCUAAAUUUUGACUGUUCGGAUCCCUUAAAAUUUUGCAUUUUGUGUUUUCCACAGUAAUUAAUGAAACACGAGUUAAGUUCGACUUUAAAUUUACUACCUACUAGAUAAUUUUAGUUGUUUUGAAAUUUCAAAUUUAAAUGUAUUAUUCCUGUAGUCAAUUGUUGAUUUACCUGUUUGUCUUUUUAUUUUUUGUUGACAUUCUUCCGCUAUUUAACGAUAGUUCUUGGUCAACACUCAAGAUUUCAUCCUAAUUUGAAAAUCUGCCAUCUUACAAACUUAUUGGCAUGAGGAACAAGAAGAAAAAUUUCUUCUGACAUCGUAAGAAAUUCAGAGGAUUCACUCUCCCAGUCAAGCUAUGCCUGAAAAUCUGAGUGUUGACAAAGAGCACACGCUAAACCUAAAUUAUAUGUUUGACACAAUUUGUUACUCCCAAAGUUUAGACAUUACUUUUUGUUGUGUUACUGCCUUUUAUUACGAAGUUACUAUGCGCUGGAUUAUAGACCCUUAUAAUUUUAGUCAAAUUUUAAUUGUUUUGUCUCAUUGUCUGUUUCUAUGACCCUUCAUUGUUUAAAUAGACCCUUUCCCUUUUCUGUCUAUUUGUUUCGUUUUGUUUUGUUUUUUUUUUUUGUUUUUUUUUUGAAAAAAAAAAGAAUGCAUUUGAUUUAUUCAAAAGUAGGGGACAAUGUAGCAGGUGACUAUGAAAAAAUUGAACCUGGUGAAAAGAUUUCUUUCCUAUUAAUUUAAUUCACUGUCUUGAAUAAGACCUACCCUUUUGCUAUUUUUAUUAAAUAUUUUACAUAUAGGCUCACAUCUUGGUCCAGAAACAAUUUUUUUCUCUCUCUCGCCUUUUUGUCUUUUCAAUAAAUUUGAGACUUGCCCAUGAUGAUGUAACAGAAAACUAUGCAAUUAUUCGAUUAAUAAAGUAAACUUUGUAAUUUUUA